AUGGUGCUGCGACGCGUGUUGUGUUUUUUUGUUCUCCUGCUGAGUGUUGCCUCUCUCUGCGUGUCCGCUAGCGGGGUUCUUGGAGGUGCUAAAGUUGAGCCUAAUACUCAUUGCACUUCUGGUUCUGGGACUGAUUGUCCUCCUUCUGUACCUGAUACUGGUGUUCAUCCUCCUGCACCUGGUGUUGUCCCUGGAUCUAGUGGUACUUGCACUAAUGGCACCCAACCUUGUACUGUUCCUGAUGCUGCCGCUGCUGCUGGUUCAUGUCCUGGUGCUGAUACUGGUGUCACUUGUACUCCUACUUCUCAAGAUACAUCUGGUGGUAGUAAUGGUGGUAGGGAUCCAUCUACAGAAAGAGAACAAGAGUUAACAGGAAAAGAAGGUCAAGCUUAUCCUGUUGAAGAUCCUGCUGCUGGUGAAGCACGUCGUGCUGGUGCUCACGCUGACCAGGAAACUCCGGUACAUCAAGGUGAACAAGUACCUGCUGCACCAACUGAUUCUGCUAGGAGACCUGAGGCACCUCCAAGUGAACCUAACACUGGAAUCAGCAGAAACAGUGAAGGCAGUGAAAGUGAAACAUCACAACCUCCAUCUUCUCCUAACGCUACAGCCACAGCGAGUGAAGUUGGUUCUAAUCCUGCAUCGAGUGAAGAUGGUACAACAUCUUCGGGGGGUGAAUCAACAAGCAACCUCGAAAGUGCGGGAAAUACAGAUACCACCACCAACACUACCACCACAACAACAACAACAACACUUCCUCCUGAACUCACAAACAACAAGAAGGGUGAUGCAGACAGCAGCAGCAGUAUCAACAGUUCUGUGUGGGUGCGUUUGCCACUACUGAUUGUGGUUACAAUGGCCUGUAUUCUUGUGUGCUGA